AUGGCGUCGCGCACUGCCGCACCGCUGCUCCUACUACCCUCUCUCUUCUGCUUGCUCUCAGUGGUGCGACUGGCGGCCGCGGCGUGCAACAACGUGACAGAGUUCAGCACCCAGCUGGACACUCUGCUGGCGGAGUACGACCGGGAGACGCUGCCGGAGACCAAAGUGCUCGUCGAGAUCGGACUCAAUGUGCGCCACGCCACCAUUGAUGAGCGCGCCUCCUCUGUCCAUAUGCUCGCUGACCUAAUCUUGAGUUGGGACGACAAGCGGCUGUCGUGGAACUCGUCGGAGUGGGGCUGCGACAGCGCGCUGGUGACGGCCGAGCGGUUGUGGCUGCCCGACGUGGUGGUGGUGAGCGCGGCCACGUGGGGCGCGGGCUCCGAGGCGCAGAGGGCGCGGCUCACCAGCGGCGGCCACGUCUCCUGGACCUCCCGCUUGGACCUCUCCGCGCCCGUCGAGUUGCACCUCGAAGCUUGGCCCCGGGACCUGCACACGAUUACCUUCAAGUUCGCGUCCAGGGAAUUCGACACGGAUCAGAUGGACCUGAAACUCGGCGACCGCCAAGACGUGGCGGCGUACGCGAGCGGCGGCUGGGCGCUCGCGAGCGUUUCGCGCGCGCUCGAGGGCUGGCAGCGAGGGCGCGCCGAGGCGCGGCUGGCCACGUGGACCCUGGCGCUGCGAAGGAGGGCGCCGGCGCACGCGCUGGCCACCGACGCCCUGCUGGCCGCCGUCACGCUGCUCAUGGUGGCCGCGACCGCCAUGAGGCCGGCGGACCGGGCCCCGCUCUUCGCCUGCGCCUCCUUCAUCGCCGCCCUCUGGCUGGUGUCGGCGCUGGUGCGGCUGCCGGGCUCCGCCACAGCGCCGCGCACUGUGACGGCGGCGGGGGCGCUGUGCGCGUGCGGGGCCGCCGCCGCCCUGUGCGCGGCGCUGGUGCGGCAAGUGGCCAGUGCCAAGGCGUCGCGCACCGCCUCGGCGCCCGUGCGUGCCUUCCUCGCCGCCACCACAGCAGCCGCCGCCCUCUGCCGCCUUGCGCCCGAGCCGACGUCGGAUGGUGAGAGAGCCGCGUGGGCCAGUGCGGCCAAGGUGCUGGACUAUGUGCUGACAGCUAUCAUUUUGCUGACGCUGUUCAUCAUCGUUUGCAUCAGUCUU